AUGUUCAAACUGACCAUCCUCCUUGCUCUCAUCGCCUUCACCCAGGCUGGAAUCAUCGCCCCAGUGGUCCCAGUAGCGCACCCUGUGGUAGCCCAACAUGUCGUUGCCCAUCCUGUUGUCCACCACAGACCUUUAGUGCACGCUGCCCCAAUAGUCCAUGCCCCAGUAGUACAUGCUGUCCCAAUUGUCCCAGUUGUUAAACACGCACCAGUUAUUGCUGUACAUCAUUAG